AUGAUAAUGUCUUCGACGAAUGGUACUAGCAAUUUACGAGUUAAUGUCGCAUUAUCCGAACGCGAUGCAGUCAAGCUUAUUCUCGAUUUUCUUCAACGACGUGAACUGUAUAUUAGUAUGCUCGAUAUCGAACGUGAAACAGGUAUUAUUAAUGGUUCAUUUUCGGAAGAUGUACUUUUCUUACGACAACUUAUCUUGGACGGACAAUGGGAUGAUGUCAUUGAUUUCGUACAGCCAUUGAAAACGAUCGAGUCAUUCGAUGCGAAGCAAUUUAUUUACAUUGUUUUGAAAUACCAAUUUUUAGAGUUAUUAUGUUUAAAGACUGAAGCACAAAUCGAAAAUGAUCUAUCUGUAGAACAGAUCGUCAAAUUUCUCAAUGAUUUAAGACCAUUUGCACCAAAUGAACAAGAAUAUAAAAAACUAUCUUUUUUAUUAACAUUGAAACGUCUACAAGAUCACACAGACUAUGCCAAUUGGAAUCCAAGUGCGGGCCGAAUGCAAUGUUUCGAAGAAGUUUUCCCAUUAGUGCAUCGCUUUUUGCAAGUGGACAAGCCGACGAUUCCAAUAGCCCAAGGUGAUCGUUUGAUUCAACUGCUUAUUAAAGGUCUUCUCUACGAAUCGUGUGUUGAACAUUGCCAAGCACGUGCCACAAAUACAGAGGAAACCAUUGAUAUUAGUGACCCCAAUUCUCUACUACUCAAUACACGUUUAUCAGAUACUGAUGUUUCUCUUCUUUCAUGGCUUCAUGCUUUACCAACGGAAAUCUUUUCGUGUCCAUUCGAGCAAAAAUCUUUAACCUUAAAUGUGGAUAAAUUUCAAAGACCAGUUCUCGAAGCCACAUGGGCUGAGCAUGUUUUGAGUACACCGUUUAAACCGCAAACCAUGUUUCCAUUCAAUGCAACCCCUACUGGUAAACCACGCUCCACAGAACUAAUGUCACGUUCACUAGCACCGCAAUACGAUGGGUUAUCUUACGGUCUUCUCCGCUCACAAAUCUUCGGUGAUUAUAAUCGAAAUUUUGUCAAUGACAUGAGUCGAUCACUGGCAAUAUGUAAUCUAAAAGAUAAUGGUGUUAAUAAUAAUAAUAAUAAUGCGACAUCGACGACAGUUAAUCUACCAACUGUUGAAGAAGUUCUUUAUGAAGAAACACCUCCUCCACCUUCGCCACCUUUACCGCCACCGCCCAGUUCGUUUUCACCUAUAGAAAAUAAAUCUUCUCCGACAAAUUCUUAUCGAUCCCAAUCACCGAAACGCAGUGUUACGACACCAACGGUCAAAUCACUGAACGGAGUGACAGGCAUCAUAUCGCCCGAAAACGGUAAUCGGUCAAUAGGUUCAGACGCUCAAGCUGACCGUUUACUCAAAGAAUAUCAGAAAAGUCGAGCGGAAAUCCUGAAACAAUUUGAUGAACAAGAAAUUCGACGAAACGAACUACACAAACAACUUGUUAAUAGUCCAAUGAUACGGGAAAUCAAUGAAGUUACUAAAUAUGAUUCGCUUGAGGAUAUCGCUCGUUCACCAGCAUUUAUUCCAUUGGUAUCGAUUGAAGAUGUUCAAGCCAUACGUUCAGUCAGUGUUCAUCCGACCGGCAAAUAUUUUGCUGUCGGUUCAAAUUCGAAGAUGCUCCGCGUUUGUGCCUAUCCUGAUCUAAAAAAUAUUCGAUCGGAUUCCAUUCCGAAGCCUGCGAAAGUUCUCUACAAGAGAGGAAAGCAUCAUUUAGGAAGCAUUUAUUGUAUGGGCUGGUCACCAAGCGGAAAAUUGAUUGCAACAGGAUCGAAUGAUAAAUUGAUUAAAAUCGUUCGAUUGAAUAUGGAUCGACCGGAUGAUGAUUUGAAUAAUACUGAAAUCGAACUGACACAUCAUAAUGGCACUGUUCGUGAUCUUAUAUUUAUGCAUGACAAUCUAACGGAUGAUUCGAUUUUAUUGAGUGGUGGUGCAGGUGAUUGUAAAAUUUAUGUAACCGAUGUUAAGAAGCAAAUGCCGAUCAAGAGUUUUAAUGGCCAUCAAGGUCAUAUUUAUUCAUUGUAUACAUGGGAUGCAUGUAGUUUUGUUUCGGCUAGUCAAGAUGGUACAUCACGUAUAUGGGAUAUUCGUCAACCAGAUUGUGUUCAUGUCAUUGCACCACGUUCGUCAAAUAGUGCAGUUGCAGCUGUCGCUGUGGAUAAUUCCGGUCAAUUAUUAGCCGCCGGAUAUGAAGAUGCGACGUGUUUGCUCUAUGAUCUUCGUGGAAAACGUGUAGUUCAAGCUUAUCAACCGCAUUCAAGCGAAAUUCGAAGUGUUCGUUUCUCUGUACAUUCGUAUUACUUAUUGACAGCUUCAUACGACAAAAAGGUCGUGAUGACCAGUCUAAAUGGUGAUUUAACUAAACCAUUAGUUCUAUCCAAUGUCGCUGCUCAUACUGAUAAAAUUAUCCAAGCACGAUGGCAUCCAAAUGAAAUGUCAUUCGUGACGUCAAGUGCUGAUCGAACAUGCAUCGUGUGGGCACCAUCGCUUUCAGCUCUAUCCAAUCUUGGACCGACAUCAUAA